UUAGCUUCACAGUUCAGAGGUUAACAAACAUGGACGGAGAAAGUGUUUGCUAACAGAUAAUGUAACGGGACUUUGUAAUGAGAUAAAAGCACCGCCAGAAGCUGGGCUCUUUAUAUGAGAUAUGGGGGCGUUUUACUGCAGCGUUUGUAAUCAGACUUUCUUUGCUGGGAAAAGCCACAUCUUCGGAAAGAAGCACCAGGACAAGUUGAAAAUCGUCCUGACUAAAUUCCUAGACAAGGUGAAGGAAGCGCGCAGGGUGCUGAAAGCCCCGGCGGUGGAGAAGUACGACCCCACUGAGCAUGAGCAGAACUUCUGGUGCUACUGCUGCGGGGCCGAGGUGCGGAAACACGUAACCAACGGCAACCUGACCGUGCUGUGCGGGGGGCUGCUGGAGCACAUGGCCAGCCUUGAACACAGAAAGCAGACGGACAGAUUCUGGUGGGAAAACAAGGCAGACUCCAAACUGAAGGAGAAAUUCCUCUUUUCAGAAGAGGAGACGGACAGGUUUAAGAGUGAAGUAGCGAAAGCGCUGGAAUCCUAUGAGGAGAAGGAGGAUGAAUUCAUUAAACAGCAAGCAUCUUAUAUCCGAGAAGUGGAGCAAAGGAGACAGGAAGUGAUGCAAUCCAUCUUAGAGCCUGAGAAUGAGUCGGAGACCCCCCAAGGACCCCCGCAGUGCGGCCCCCCGGGACACAUGGAGAGCUCAGGUAACCGGUACACCAACAGAAGAGAGGGAGCUGGGAAGCGGGCAGGGCCAAGUGGAGCAGACGAAUUUGAGGAUUCUGAUUGGGCUGGUGCAGGCCCCGGCUUAACUUUCAUUGGCUAUCAGGAUUCAUCAAUUGGAGGAAACGUCCACACAGGAGCCACCCCACCCUGGCUGAAGCAGGACCCCGAGGAGGGAGGCUCUGGGAUCCCGGAGCCCCAGGCUGGACCGUCCCACGAGGAGUUCCUGAAACACAAGGAGCAGGAGAAGCUGCGGAAGCUCCCGGCCAGUCGGGUGGGGGCGAAUUUCGACCACGCUUCUCAGACGGACGCUGGUUGGCUGCCUUCGUUCGGAAGGGUGUGGAACAGCGGCAGGAGGUGGCAGUCCAGACACCAGUUCAGAGCUGAGGAGGGACAAGGAACUAAUCAAAAGCGAAAGAAACACGAACCGUGGACAGGAAGCAAAAAGCACAAACGGGAAGACUCUUGAAGUGUGGGCUUGCUCCAGGCUUCUCUCCCGGUCCAGCAGUGCAUGCUCCCAUUGCUUGUGUUUUAUUGGAAGACUUCAUUUGAAGUUGUUUUUUGUAUAUAGUGUAAAUAUUUUCUCCAGUUUACUCUGCUAAAUUGGACACAUGGUACUGCACCAGAAGUAAUACAUGUAAAAAACCACACAAAUUCAAAAUAAAAUUGAAAGUGUUUAUCUUAAUUAUUAUAUAUUAAAGAUCUAAAAACGUAUACCUUCUGUCUCAUUAUAUCCACUUAAUACACACUGUGUCACUUCCCCACUUCCCCAUGCCUUGUGCAGCUAACAGCCACACCAGCUCUGGAGAUGUCUGGUACACAGUAAGUGGAGCACUCAGCUUCCUUCCCAUAGCGUGUACAGAAUACACCCACAUACAUUAAACCCAGUCACAGGUCUUGCAUUUAACAGAGGUCAGGCUGUCCUUACUGAAGAGAACAGUAGCUCUCCCAAUAAUACUUCCAAGUGUCAUUUAUCCCAGAGUUGAACUGUUACCU